GUGGCCGCCUCCUGAAGGGCUACCGCGGCGGGCACGUCGUGAUCCGCUUCGCCCUCGGCGGCUGCACCAACCGGCCCUUCUUCCGCAUCGUGGCAGCGCACAGCAGGCGCGCCCGCGACGGGAAGUACCUGGAGCAGCUCGGCUGCCUCGACCCGCUUCCCAACGCCCACGGCGAGAGGGUGGCGGGGCUCAACCUGGAACGGCUGCGCCACUGGCUGGGCUGCGGCGCGCAGCUC